ACGGAGUAACUUCAGAACUGGCAUUAUGGUUCGUUUCGAGUAACCGUCCUUCACAUUCACUUUCUUCUGAUUCGAUAGUGUUUGAGCUUGCUGGCUCGAGUUAACAAUACGCAAUGUCCGUUAUACAAGUAGAAGAUCUGGUAUCCUACCAACUACGGACAAACUACCUCAAUACGAUUGCGGAUGGUGUCGGGGAGCGUCUGAUCACUCUCAAUGAUGCUUUUUUGAACACUGCAGGCUUCAAAGCCGCUGGCUGGCGUCCGAAUCCUGCUUAUAUUAAACGAACACACUCACCGCCGAUACCUACCGCCAUAACAUCAGAAUACUUUCAGGCACCCCCAAGAUCAGUUGGACUAGGCCUCGAUGAUGAAACCGAGGAGGGUGGCAUGGUCACUGGAGGGGGUGAAGGGGUCACAAUUGGUCCUGGCCUUGCUACCAAGAGGAGACGAAGACGAGAGCAAAUGGAGGAGGAAGAUAGUAGUGAUCUAAGUGAUGAGAGCGAUGAGGAAGGCGAGCAACGUGCAGCACAGCAAAUCAAAUUUGCGAAGAUGCCCAUCCGAAAUCGUUCUGGCUCAUCACCACUUCGCAGCUCUAACCUCAGACAAUCUUCUACUAUAUCAUCUCCGACGCACACCACCCCGGCAGGCACGAGAAGAGGGUCUCAAUCACAGCUAGAGGUUGUGAAGGAACGUGCUAGGAGGGAUACUGUUACAAGCAGCGAAAUGUCAUCCGAGAACGAAUUCGAUGCAUCAGCAUUUCAGAGACACCGAGAAGCGGCCAGGAACGCUACCAGAGCUAGCAAGGCGCUGCAAAAGCAAACAGAUCCAAAGAUUAGAAUAUCGAGGCAGCAUAGUGAUCUCUUAGAGGAGGAAGAAGAGGACGAUGAUUCAGAUGGGUCGGAUACGUCUUCAGCUUUUGAAGGAAGUAUCGAUUCAGUAUCAAUUCUUGAUGGCGGCGAUCACACCAUGAAUGGCUCACCAACAAAACAAAUUGUUGGCACGGUACCUCGGGAAGUGACACGGUCUGCAGCGAAGAAGUCCAAACCUGCUCCUCCAGUUCUUGAAGCACUUCCUCCCCCGCGGCCUAUCAGUAUAGUACAGCCGAAGAGUCUUCUAACCGCCGCUAUCAAGGCGAAACGUACAAAGGCUUCAAUGCCAUUUGAGUCUUUCGCCCCGCUUUCAGGGCAAGGAGAUCCAAAUCCCUUAAUGCUACGCAUCUGGGCGCCAUUUGCGACUUCGACGACAAAGCCAUUCGAGGUUCUCAUCCGCAGGAGUGUCCACGAGAACGAAGCAAAUGACCGCCAAGUCACGGUGGCAGAUCUCAUUGGUUUGAGUCUUUGGAGAUAUUCGGAGGAGAAGAUCGAGCCCAAGAUUUCACCAGAAAAGCUCAAUGUUAACCGAUGGACAUUGAGAAUGGUAGAAGAUGAGGAAGUUGAUUAUGACUUCCCAGCCCUGGAGCGAAAUAAACCAAUUGUAGCGUUCACGACCGUCAAUAAUCGUGCAGCAAGAUCGAGAUCGAAUGCGAAGGCCUACGAUGAGUUUGCUUUGGUUGAGGCAACAGAAGAACAGUUUCAACAGAAUCAAGCCCUCACUCCCCAUUUCAAGCAAGAGACUGUCGCGAGUGCCCCCAUUGAUGAGGACAUUACGCCAAAAGGCACUGCUGUGUCACAAGCUACGACUUUGGCAGGGACACAGCCACGACUAAACCCUCUUCUGACAACCAUGUCUGCUCUCAGGCAGAAUGCAACUCUGGCAGACUCUCCUGCAGUAGGAUCAGCAACUACCCCAACAGCCACAAGGAAUGGUGUCAAAAAGCUUUUGCGAAUACAUAUCCAUUCCGCAGAUGCAAUACCAGGACAGAUGAUUACUUUGGAUGUCACUACAGAUACGUACUUGGCCGAUGUCCUCGACCUUAUUUGCAAAAGAAGACACCUGGACAAGGCGAAUCAUGUACUCAAAUUGACCGGAUCAGGGACUGUUGUCCUUUUGGACCGCACGGUUGAGUCCAUUGGUAAUCGCGCGGACCUAGACUUGUCCCGCCGCAGAUUUGCGACUGAUGGGCCAUUGACAAUGUCCGGUUCACCCAGUAAUAGCUCUCCUAAGGUGCCAUUGAUGGCUGAGAGACCUGAUCUGCGAAACAUCAGAAAGGGACAAAUGCUGGGAGUACAUCCUCUUGCACAGGAGGCCAUAAAGCAAGAUGAACUUGGAAGCUCGCAUUAUCGAAGGUACACAGUCUGGCGGAAACAGCCAAUGAGAUUCGUUGGAUUGAACGAAAAGAUUAUCGCAAUCGAUGGCGAGUAUCUACACAUUAUGCCAGGAUCGACAGGGAAGACGAUGUUUGAAGGGCAAGGGAAAACCACAACAGUACAUUUCAGCAAUGUAGUUGGCUGCAAAGUCUCGCGGCGGCACCCUACCACAUUCAAGGUCGUUGUGUACAAAGCUACCGAAACGAAGCGUUAUGAAUUCGAGGCGAAGACGGCAGAAGAGGCCGCAGAAAUCGUCUUCGAGAUCAAGAGGGGCAUUUCACCGUAUCACAACAUCUAAGGGUCCAAGGGGGACUUUUGAAAGUUUCGGCCUGAUCUUUAUAUCGUGCAAUGUUUGUUGCUCUGUCGGCCAUAUUGACUACGCCAAGACUUCGGAUUCCCCGCGGUCUUUAGUCUCUGAUCAAACCCGGCAGUCAUCAAUCCUGACUUGAGCUGACUUGAGAAUCUCAAAGCCUCGAACAGUGACGGCAAUGGUAGAUCUCGACGUAGGGUUCCAUGGACGUGUAUCUUCCGCAAAUGGGCGCUAAGCUGUCCCAAUAGAGAGCGAGAAAAGGGAACAAUCGAAGUAUCGACCUAUGAGUUCAAUACCAGGUGCUACAAGCACUAGAUGCUCUAUCCUACAAGCUCAAUCCUCUCUCUGAUGUACAUAGGGAUGAACCUACCUACCGUCCUGCCGCAUAGUUCAGAGGUUAUUAAAAUAGGCCAUGAUGAAUGAAAUGAUGACAAUGUAACAAC